AAUUCCAUUAAGGUAAUGCCCCUUGAUUUAUUAUUACACUCCUCUGGAGUUGUCUCAGUGUCAGCCGUGGUGAUAUCUCAAGUCUGGUCCCAUGCCAACACAUUCUUGGGACCAGACGUUAUAUCUGCGGUCCAUGCGCUACACAGCUCUCAUAAAAAGCUGCCUAUUGUCUUCAGCGGACACUGUUUGACUCUCUGCACCACCACAGACAACCACUCUCAGGAGCCCGACAGACCCGCAGAGAUGAAUCCCAAAGGGGUUAAGCCGAAGUCGAAGAUUUCGGCUUCACGCAAGCUGUCCCUCAAGAUGCUUCUCCUUACGAGAGCCUGUGAGGAUUUGGAGAGGGAGCGGCAGGAGAGGGAGGAGGAGAAAGUGCGCUAUCUUGGAGACAAGUUGCCCCCUUUGCAGCUGUCUGGAUUACCACUCGACGAGCUACAAAGUCUAUGUAAACAGCUUCAUACAAAGAUUGAUGUUGUGGAUGAGGAGAGGUACGACUGUGAGUCCAAAGUCAACAAACACAACAAAGAUAUUCACGAGCUAAAGCUGAAAGUACAGGACCUUGGAGGCAAGUUCAAAAAGCCGGCGCUGAGGAAGGUGAGGGUGUCAGCAGACGAGAUGAUGAGGGCUCUCCUGGGCUCCAAACACAAGGGCUCCAUGGAUCUCCGAGCCAACCUCAAGUCUGUGAAGAAGGAGGACGUCAAACAGGACAAGGUGCUCACUACUGAAGUGGGUGACUGGCGUAAAAACGUGGAAGCGAUGUCAGGCAUGGAGGGUCGCAAGAAGAUGUUCGAUACAGCGGGCGGCGCACAGUGAGACUCGCAAAAAAAUGAUGACGCUAGAACACUUAGCGCUGGAGAAAAAAGGUGUCUAGAAAAGAAUGGAGUACCAGAAGGCUUAAUGACUCAGAACCUGUAGGAAUUAAGAUAAAGGCUUUUCAGCUGUGCCUCCAUAGACAGUGCAAUGACUCAGAACACUUACAGAAAAGUUUAGUUUGAGUAGAAACCCAUUGUUUUGUUUUUUUAUUACCAACGUGUUUUCUUAUGACAUCUUUAGACAAUUAAAGUGGAUAUGAAUAAACACUCAGUCUUUGAUGUUC